CCCUGGUGCCGGGAGAGCCACUCCCACGAUACCCGUCCUGUGGGGCUGCCUGGGGGCUUGUUCUCUGGGGGCCUUUCCUGGUGGGUGGGUAGAUGGGUGGGUGGGUUCAGGGCUGGGCUGGCCCGGGGGGGGUCUCACCAGCACCUGUCCCACACCCUGCAGGGCUUUUUCCGACGGACCAUCCAGAAGAACCUGCACCCGUCCUACUCCUGCAAGUACGAUGGCAGCUGUGUCAUCGACAAGAUCACCCGCAACCAGUGCCAGCUGUGCCGCUUCAAGAAGUGCAUCGCCGUGGGCAUGGCCAUGGACUCUGCAAGGGCAGCCCAGCGGAAGCUGAUCGAGGAGAACCGGGAGCGGCGGCGCAAGGAGGAGAUGAUCAAGACCCUGCAGCACCGCCCGGAGCCCAGCGCCGAGGAGUGGGAGCUGAUCCACGUGGUGACGGAGGCGCAUCGCAGCACCAACGCCCAGGGCAGCCAUUGGAAACAGAAGCGGAAAUUCCUGGUGAGCGCCCUGACCUCCCGCCAUCCGCGUGGGGCACCCCCCCCACUCGUGUCCCUCCUGCACCGCACACGCCACGCCCACCCUGAGUGCAAGCGUAUGCUCCCUCGCAGGCGUGGCUGCUGCAUGGAGAUCAUGUCGCUGCGGGCGGCCGUGCGCUACGACCCCGAGAGCGAGACGCUGACGCUGAGCGGGGAGAUGGCCGUCAAGCGGGAGCAGCUGAAGAACGGGGGGCUGGGCGUGGUGUCCGACGCCAUCUUCGACCUGGGCAAGUCGCUCUCCGCCUUCAACCUGGACGACACGGAGGUGGCGCUGCUGCAGGCCGUGCUGCUCAUGUCCUCAGGUACGGGCCUGCGGGGGGCGGCUGCCCCUCACUCCCACUGGGCCCUGCUGCUGGGAAGGGAUAUUCCCAUCAUGCACUGGGCCACAUGGCUGCUGCUGCCCAUGGGGGCAGGAUGGGCAGUUCCUUCUACCCCCUGUGGAUUCAGCUGAGAGCUCCACAGCCUGCCCCUCACAAUCAG